AUGGGUAUACAAGGAGUUAAUCCUUUUGAAUUACCAUUAUUAAAUACAAUAUUAUUAUUAUCAUCUGGUGUUACAAUUACUUAUGCACAUCAUUCAUUAAUACAAGGUAAUAGAAAAGGAGCAUUAUAUGGUACAGUUGCUACAAUUAUAUUAGCAGUUAUAUUCACAUUCUUUCAAGGUGUUGAAUAUACAGUAUCUUCUUUCACUAUCUCUGAUAGUGUUUAUGGAUCAUGUUUCUACUUUGGUACUGGAUUCCACGGUUUACACGUUAUAGUAGGAACAGCUUUCUUAGCUGUAGGAUUAUGA